UCUUUGUGUCUAAGUUUUUAUGUUUUUGUUUUCAUUGUCUUUGAGUCUUUGUUUUCAUUGGUUUUACCUUCGAUCAAUCGAUGUAAUGUCUUCGAAUAUAUUUUAUUGAUAAAAAUAUACCUGUUUGGUUUGUUUUCAGCAUAUUUAACAGCAUUUAUUAGUGGCAUCGCAUUUGGAUGGACCUCGCCAGAAAUUCCACAACUGAAAGACUCAAACACAACAACAAUAGACACAGUCAUAAACGCCUCACAAGAAGGAUGGAUCGGAGCAUGUUUACCUUUAGCUGCUGCAGUUGGACCGAUUGGUGCAGGAUUUCUAGCUGAUUCAGUUGGUAGAAAGUGGACCAUCCUUAUUGGAAACCUGCCUUUUCUUUUAUCAUUUAUUGUAAACGUUUUUGCAAAAUCCAUAUAUUUCUUUUACUUUUCGCGAUUAUUAUGUGGUUUGGGGGUCGGUAUUAUUUUCACCGUACUUCCAAUAUACAUUGCAGAAAUAUCUGAUGAUACAUCUAGAGGAACGUUAGGUUCUUUAUUGCAAGUUUUUGUAGUCAUAGGUUUAUUAUUUUCCUACACACUUGGGCCAUUCCUAUCAAUAAGAACAUUUAACAUAAUACUUAUAUUUCCUCCAACAUUAUUUAUGAUUUUGUUCUCAGUAUUUAUACCAGAUAGUCCCGUGUUUUUACUACAAAAAAGAAGAAUGUCAGAGGCUGUACAGGCUCUUGUAAAAUUUAGAGAUCAAGAGGAAUUACCUGCUCAAAAAGAAGCUGAAUUAAUUAACUCUCAACUACUGGAGGACCUGAAAAGUAAAGGCAGUUUUAAACUUAUAUUUAAAUCACCCGGACUAAGAAAGGCCUUGUCGAUAUCUUUGGCUUUAGUUGCAGGACAACAAUUGUCUGGAAUUACAGUUGUACUUUUCUACACACAAAGUGUUUUUGCAGAUGCUGGUGUUCCCAUAGCACCUGAAAUGUGUACCAUUAUAAUGGGUAUUGUUCAGGUAUUCGCGAGUCCUGCUGCUCCACUUCUUGUAGAUAGAUGCGGAAAACGAUGUCUAUUGAUAAUCUCAGGAGUAGGAAUGGCUGUAUCUCACAUUCUCUUAGCAUUUUUCUUUUAUUUGAAAAAUGUUCAACAUACAGAUGUAUCCAAUCUAGGUUGGGUGCCAAUUGUAAGCGUCGUAGUAUAUAUCAUCACAUAUUGUUUGGGCUUUGGAGCAUUACCUUUUGCAGUCAUGGGCGAAAUAUUUCCAGGGAACGUAAAAUCCAUAGCAUCUUCUGCUACAUCAUCAUUCUGUUGGAUACUGGGAUUUGUUAUAAGCAAUUAUUUUGGAGCGGUGUCUAAUCUUAUAGGGCAAUCUGGAUCUUUUGGAUUUUUUGGCAUUUGCUGUAUUAUUUCUGCAUUGUACGUUUUCAAGUUUGUACCUGAAACAACAGGAAAGAAUGUUAAUGAGAUACAGUGUCUUCUGGAUGGCAGUACUAAAAAAAGUAUAGAACUAAUAUAGACUUGU